AUGAGUCAAAAUUCAUAUGAACCUGGAAAGGUUUGUAUUGUUGGAAUGUACAAUUCAGGCAAGACAUCUAUUAUUUGGAGGUAUAUUAUGAAACUUGAUCGUUUAGCCCCAACGAUUUCUCCUACGUUAUACGAAAUUAAUGUUGAUCCAGGAUAUGGAAAGCGAAGAAUCAAAUUGUUUGAUACUGCUGGUACAGAAAAGUAUCAGAGUAUGAUGCCAGCAACAUUGCGCGGAUCUGAAGCAAUAAUUUUAGUUUGUUCACAAGAUGAACCAAAAUCAUUUGAUUAUAUCAAAGAAUGGCAUGAAAAACUGAUCAGAGAUUACGGAAUUAACAAAUUUAUUGCAGUUUGCAACAAAACAGAUCUCCCAGAAAAGCUUUCGGUCGAAGAAGUUAAAAACUGGGGUAAAGAGCAUAAUAUGCGAGUACUAAGAACGUCAGUUCAUGAGAACAAAAACAUUGAAAACCUUUUCAUCAGUUUGGCCGCAUUACUUGAUCCACCAACUGACGGAUCAGGCAAGCAAAUGUUAGUACCAAAAAGUAUGUGUUGUUAA